ACAUACAACGCCAAUCAGAUGUCACUUUUUAAUCGCACUGGUUUCUAAUUAGAGAAAAAAAACGUGUGAUUCGCUGAGGCAAUUGUAUUUAAAUACAGCGUUUGAUCAAAUUACUCAAAAGUAAAAUACUGUGAACAAAUCAUAAUUUCCUUUUCAAUCUAUGGUGUCAUGUUGUAUUUUUAACUAAGAUUUGUGCUCACCUUUCAAUUUUUUUAAUUUUUAAAAUUACUGUAUUCUCUAAUGAGCAUUUAAUUACUUCCCACUCAAAUGUAUUUAAAAGAUAACAAUGUUAUCAUUUGGGGAGAAGUUUUUGUAACAAGUCUCAAUUAUAAUUUUCUUAUCGAUCAACACAACACAAUGUGUCAUUUGAAGCCAAGAGUGUUGUCUUUCUUGAGUAUAGUCAGUCACUUUACUGUUAUUGUUUUUUCUUGCAAAUGUGCGUGAUUUUAUGUUUUAGACAAAGUAGCUUUAUAUAGAAUUCAAUUUCACCAAACAAUAAAACUGAUGAAAGUUAUGAAGCUGGUAAUAGUGUUACUUCUGCAGUUUGGUUACUUAAUUUUUGUGAAAGGACAAUGCAUGAGAAGAACGGGGACCAGAUAUUAUAAACAUUUUGCAGCGUAUAAGUUAAGUGAAAACUCUUGUAUGAAAAGAUGUCAUAGCAACUCACGAUGUUACAAAGCAACAUGGACAGCUGGUAAAGCGGCGCAUAACUAUUUUAAUUGCUUCCUGCACCCAAAAGUGAUAGAUCGGGCAACUAGAGAAAAUGCAUUCGUUGGAUACAUUUGCAAAGCUGAUUGUCAAAAAGAUGGACAAAGAUUUACAAGUCAAAAUUACCAGUUAACGUCUAAUUGUAAAAGCAAAUGCAAGUGCACUCUUUUGGGGGCUCCUACAUGCUACAAUCCUUGCCUGAAUACCGUCGUGAAUUGUGUUAGUCCUAAUGUAAAAGUACAUUAUGAUAUACCGCUAGAUUCAAAAUGUUCUUGUGCAAAACAGGCGUGUGUUGUACCAGGUAAUUUUAGCAUCGAAGCAAAGCAAGGUCAAACUACGGCAUUAAGUUGUUCAUUCGAAUCUAAAUCGUGGACUCGCAGCGGAAGAAUUUUACGGUCUGGAAGAAAAUACAACAUUAAAAAAAAUUCCAUUGAAAUUUGGAAUUUUCAACCAACAGAUUCUGGCGUGUACACAUGUGGAGAUAAAAAAUAUUAUAAAGUAUAUCUAACUGAAGCAACUUGCAAAGAUGGAGGAUCAACUUACACUAGCGAAAAAUUCACGGCAUCUGUAGACUGUAAACAGAUGUGCAAAUGUUCUAUAACAGAGGGUUUAUCAUGUUUUUCUCUUUGUCCAUUCUCUUCCAUCAACUGUAGUAAUGGUCAUACAAACAUCUCUUACAAAGAACCUCCACUUAAAGAUUCGAAAUGUUUGUGUCGGAAACAAGCUUGUGUACGACCUGAAAACCCCACCUUAAAUUUUACGACGAAAGAAAACGUUGUCUUGAAGUGUUCCUUUCCCGACAUGGCAUGGACAUUCGAUGGUAAAAAAAUUAAGAAUAACACCAAGUACAAAAUAAAUGGGACUAGUUUAGAAAUUACAAAUUUAGAGUCUUCAGACAAUGGCGUUUACUCUUGUAAUGAUGGCAAAACAUACUUCCUAAGUCUAUCCAAAGAUGAAAUAAUGUCUAGUCCAAGAAAUUCUGGCACUAGUAAUAAUUUAAAUGCUGUGUUGAUCGUUGUUUGCACUGCAGUAGUUGUUUUGGUCUUACCUGUGGUGAUUUUCAUUUUUGUUAAACGCAUAUAUCAGCAUAGAAAAAUCCCCAGGGAAAACCAAAAUACCCAUCCAGGCGAAAAUUCAGCUAGUGCCAAAACAAAUGAGGCGUUUUACUCAGAAUUAACAAGCAGACAUGUUCCAAGCAAAUAUUCUGAAUUGAAUAUUGAUCCCAUAAAAACAUCAAGUUACGAAUCACAUGUCUAUGAAGUAAACCCAUAUGUUAUAGAAAGUCAAUGUGAGAGGUAUGCCGUGCCAACGCUUAGAAGGGGAAAACACAAUAAUUUAUCUGACAAUAAUACAGAGGAAACAUUGGAAGAGGAUCAAACUUUUGAACAAAAAUAUAGCGAUAGCAAGAAACCAGCAAUGUAUAUAUCCUUAGGUGAUAUAAAUGACAAAAAGGAACAGCACACAAUGAAAGAACAAUAUGAGAUAUCUUCAGACCUAAUAUUUGGAAGUAAUAGACAUUCGUUUUCUCUACCUUGUGAAACUGAUUGCAGAGUUGACAAAAAUGAUAAAGGUGAACCACACGACCGCGAUAAACUGGACAGUUCUCCAUAUAAAUGUGAUGAAAUAGAGGAACGAGAGGUUAUUGCUAAUGAAUUAAAUAGCUAUUUUGAACUUGAAACUGAAUCAAACGAGGAGCGUUACAUCCAAUUUGUUGAGUAAAUCGGCUUAGUUAUUGACGUCAUAUUAUGUACGAUUAUUAUUCUUUAUUGUACAGUUAAAUAAAGUUAAUCUCUUCCUUAUGACAUUUAUUCACGAAAACAAAACAAAAACAUUCAUAUCUAAUGCUUUAAUUUUGAUAAGGUAACAAAAAAAUGUUACAAUGCCAGUAAGAAAUCAAUGUUUUCCUCC